GUGUUCUACUACCUUGGCUACUGCAUCAUGGUUCUCUUGACCAUGGCGCGGGUAAGUUUGUACUGGACUUUUGCGAUCAUCAAGGGAACCGUCAUGCUCUUUCUGGCGAUUGCAGACUUCUGCAAGAAUUGUAUGUUCAUGUGGUUCAUCCCUGACGUCUCCAGUAUCGGAAAGGGAUGCUUCUACUGUGUGUUCUGGCCGAAGAAGGGCCAGUGGCCAAAGGAGGUGUGCGGCCAAGCGCCUGCUUUCGGAGCCUGGGUGCCACCUUUCUGCCCACACUGCUACUAG